CCCUCUCUGUUGGCAACCCUGAGAUAAGGCGCCCCAGCAGGAGGCGUGGAGGCGCGACCUUCAGGAAAUUCUCUCAUUGUCAUCAUGGCUCUUCGUCAGACCUCUCUGUUGCGCCUUCGCUCUCCCUUGGCUGUGUGUGUGCGAAGCAUGGGAAAGGGUGAGCCAGGUGAUGGGGCUGGUGUAGGUGGAGGAAGUGGUGGCACAAUCAGGGAAGCUGGUGGCGCCUUUGGCAAGCGUGAGGCAGCACAAGAGGAACAGUACUUCAGGAAGUUGGAGCAAGAACAACUGAAAAAGUUGAGAAAGGGCCUCCACAAGGAAAUUGAAUUCCACAAGGAGCAAGUGCAGGCUCACAAAGAUGCCAUCAAAAGGCACGAGGAACACCUGAAUCAGCUGAAGUAAAGAGGAUGCUGAAAUUUGGGGAUAUUCAAACUGUAACUUGCAUUACUCUGGAAAAAAAAGUAAUUACCAUCUUUAGGAAAGAAAAAAUCAUGUAUUUCAGAUUUUUUUCCCUUUUUUUUCUCUUAAAUCUUUGUUUUUUCUUUUCUUUUUUUCUUUUUACAUGAAAUAUAUGUAAUUAAUAUGGUGUAAAUAUAAUGGUUUUGAUUAGCAAGUCUGUUAGUAAAGUGGCAGUGCUUUUAAA